CCUCGGCUCCCGCUUCCUUUAGGCUGACGUGUCGGCACUUCUUCGGGGUUCGGCGAAUAGGGCGGUGAUGGCGGACGCCUGGGAGGAGAUCAGGCGGUUGGCGGCUGACUUCCAGCGGGCGCAGUUCGCCGAGGCCACACAGAGGUUGUCAGAGCGGAACUGCAUUGAGAUUGUGAAUAAAUUGAUUGCUCAAAAACAGCUAGAUGUAGUUCACACACUUGAUGGGAAGGAAUAUAUUACUCCAGCCCAAAUUAGUAAAGAAAUGAGAGAUGAACUACAUGUCCGAGGAGGUCGAGUAAACAUUGUUGAUCUACAACAGGUAAUUAAUGUGGAUCUGAUUCACAUUGAAAGUAGAAUUGGUGACAUUGUAAAAUCAGAAAAGCAUGUUCAGCUAGUGCUGGGACAACUGAUAGAUGACAACUAUUUGGAUCGGUUAGCAGAAGAGGUAAAUGAUAAAUUGCAAGAAAGUGGUCAGGUCACCAUAUCAGAACUGUGUAAGACCUAUGAUCUUCCCGGAAACUUCCUGACACAGGCACUAACUCAGCGACUAGGAAGAAUUAUUAAUGGACACAUUGAUCUUGAUAACAGAGGAGUAAUAUUUACUGAGGCUUUUGUAUCUCGACAUAGAGCACGCAUCCGUGGACUGUUUAGUGCUAUUACCCGGCCUACAGCAGUGAAUUCCCUCAUUUCAAAAUAUGGAUUUCAAGAGCAGCUGCUUUACUCUGUGCUUGAGGAACUUGUUAAUAGUGGACGUUUACGAGGCACUGUGGUUGGUGGGAGACAGGAUAAGGCGGUGUUCGUUCCUGACAUUUACUCCAGAACACAGAGCACCUGGGUGGAUUCCUUUUUCAGGCAGAAUGGCUAUCUAGAAUUUGAUGCUUUGUCCAGACUUGGAAUCCCAGAUGCUAUGAGCUACAUAAAGAAAAGAUACAAGACUACACAACUCUUGUUUUUGAAAGCAGCUUGUGUUGGUCAAGGACUUGUGGAUCAGGUGGAAGCGUCAGUAGAGGAAGCCAUCAGCUCUGGAACAUGGGUUGAUAUUGCCCCUCUGUUGCCUAGUUCUUUAUCAGUUGAAGAUGCUGCAAUGUUGCUUCAACAGGUGAUGAGGGCAUUCAGCAAGCAGGCUUCAGCUGUAGUCUUUAGCGACACUGUUGUAGUCAGUGAAAAAUUCAUAAAUAACUGCACAGAACUGUUCAGUGAACUGAUGCACCAAAAAGCUGAAAAGGAAAUGAAAAAUAAUCCUGUUCAUUUAAUCACUGAAGAAGAUCUGAAACAAGUCUCUAUUUUAGAAAACGUGAAUGCUAGUAAAAAAGAUAAAAAAGAUGAACGAAGGAGAAAAGCAACAGAAGACGUAAAGGAAUGGGUUUGGUCAAGAAAAAGCCAGCAAAGCUAUAGAAAAGAGGUGUCUUUGGAGAAGGAAGAAGAGACUGAGGAAGAGACUGUAUUUAGAGCAGAGGGCAGUGGAAGUGUGAGAGGAGGAGGUGGUGGCAACGCCAGAGAGUACAAAAUUAAAAAAAUCAAGAAGAAAGGAAGAAAAGAAGAAGACAGUGAUGAUGAGUCCUCUCACACUGGAAAGAAGAAGCCAGAGAUCACUUUUAUGUUUCAGGAUGAGAUUGAAGAUUUUUUAAGAAAACACGUACAAGAUGCCCCUGAGGAGUUUAUUUCUGAACUUGCUGAGUACUUAAUAAAGCCUCUUAAUAAAACUUACCUCGAGGUGGUACGUUCAGUGUUCAUGUCUUCAACUUCUUCUGCCUCUGGAACUGGUCGGAAGCGCACCAUCAAGGACUUGCAAGAAGAGGUUUCAAACCUAUAUAAUAAUAUUCGGCUCUUUGAAAAAGGGGUGAAGUUCUUUACAGAUGAUACGCAAGCUACUCUUACGAAGCAUUUGCUGAAGACAGUGUGUACUGAUAUCACUAACCUCAUUUUCAACUUCUUAGCUUCGGACUUAAUGAUGGCGGUAGAUGAUCCUGCAACCAUUACAAAUGAAGUAAGAAAAAAAAUUUUAAGUAAAUUAUCAGAAGAAACCAAAGUAGCUCUCACAAAACUGCAUAGCUCUCUGAAUGAAAAGAGCAUAGAAGACUUUCUUUCCUGUCUGGAUUCUGCAGCAGAGGCUUGUGACAUUAUGGUGAAAAGGGGAGACAAAAAAAGGGAAAGGCAGAUACUGUUCCAACAUCGACAAGCACUGGCUGAACAGCUCAAAGUCACAGAAGACCCUGCUCUUAUUCUGCACCUCACGUCAGUCCUUCUAUUUCAGUUCUCAACUCACAGCAUGCUCCAUGCACCUGGAAGAUGUGUUCCACAGAUCAUCGCUUUUCUCAACAGUAGGAUUCCGGAGGAGCAGCAUACUCUUUUGGUAAAGUAUCAAGGUUUAGUCGUAAAACAUUUAGUCAGUCAAAAUAAGAAGACUGGCCAGGGAGAUGAUCCCCUGAGUGAUGAAUUAGACAAAGAGCAAGAAGAUAUCGCCAAUACUACUCGUAAAGAGCUUCAAGAACUUUCUUCAUCUAUUAAAGACCUUGUUCUCAAAUCCAGGAAAUCAUCUAUGACAGAAGAGUAAUGAUCUUAAUUUACUUUUGUCAUAUAGUAAACGUUUUUCCCCAAAGUUUAAUAAGGUGAGUGGUUACUGAAAAGUAUUCACUUCACAAUCCUCAGUUCCUCCCGGUAAUGCCCCCCUACACACACCCCUCUCAAUUCAGUCUAAACAGUAGUGUUGUAUUCAAUGUAAAUCUUAUAAAAAUGUGAAUUUUUGUAAAUUGGGUUCAACCAUGGAAGAUUUCUUUUUCACAUUAUAAUUCUAAAAAUUACCAUUUCAGUUUUAUUUUCUUUUCAGAGACUGAAUGAAGAAUAAAUGUUCUGCUAUCUUUCAUCUAGAAAAGGACUCAUUCAUUGUGUUGUUAGAUUUCAAGUGACAUUAUUAUAUUGAUACAUAUAUUAGGUGAAAACUCAAAAUGUGGCCAUGGUUUUUUAAAAAGGAAAAAAAACCUUUGUGGCAACAAUAAAAAUCGUGUAUUUUAAAAUUAAUAGAUAAUGCUUCAAGCCUAAAAUACAGAAAUUUGCAAAAAAUUUUUUAUUACUGAGCCCCUGCUUUUUAUUUCCGGCUGAUAGAGGGCCUUCCAGUGCCCCCACAGGAGUGAACUUUUAUGUGGUUGACGGUUUCAGGGAUGACAUUACAGGUGCAGAAAAAACACCAGUGGGGCCCAUAUGUUGCUGCGGUCUGUUCUCUUCUAAAACAACGCUAACAAGAGUGAGAGAAAAAAUAAAAAUUACUUCUUAAUAGAUGUAAAUCACGUUAGAAAAACUAAAAAUAUAAUACAAGUAUUUCUUUAACACAAUUUGCAUUUCUAAGUGUUAUUUUUUUAUAUCAGCAGUCACUCUGGCACCUAAUACUUUGUUGUAGGAGGAUCUAUAAGUGCAUUGAAGUUACUGAAACUUUUUUUUCCAAAAAUGGAAAUCCAUAUAAGAAAAUAGGUAUUCUUAUUUUCUAAAGACUAUGAAUAGUAAAAGUAAUUAAAAUAGCUCCUUGGAGUAAUAAUUUCUAGCAAAUGAGUCUUAAGCAACAAUUUAUUAUUAUCAAAAAGAAACUUAUUUUGAAUAUAAUAGUAAGUUAAAUCUCAAAUAUUAAAAGAGUACUAUUUUAUAUAAUUCCUUAUAUGGCAUUUAAAACUUUGUGUUUCAAGAUGUUUGAAUACAAAUAUCCAUCUACCUCUACUCCAAUUCAGAAAAAGUUUUAAUACUGAGGGAAAGAAAUUGAUAAAAUUGCUAACUAAGCAUUAUUAUUAAAGCUGAAGGAAUGUAACCUAAAUUUAAAAAUGUUUUUCCACUGAUAAUUUUCUAUUAAUGUAUUUUCAUAGGGGCAAAGGAAGAAAAAGGACAAAUCCUCUGUGACCAAAAAUUCUAAUUAGUUUUGUUUAUUCAGCUUUCAAACUAUUAAACACCAAACUUAAGGUCUUAUUCAGUCUUUAAGAACUUAGCAUUCAUGUUUCCGCAGAUACCAAAGUAAUCCACAUUUGUGUCAAACUAGGUCAUAGACAGUGAAGCAAAUAAAAUCAUUCGGACCUUAAUUUGUAAGAAUAAAAAUGGGAGAGACAACCAAGCAAAAAGAAAAUGAUUCUGUCUUGAUCACGUUAAGUUUUUCUCCUUUAUCAAAAUGGUAUUUUUCACAGUAAAUAAGAACAGUUUUUAUUGUUUUUGAGAAUAAAAUGGUUUAGCUGAUUUUGUAUGUAAAAAUCUAAUUUCACUGAUAAAAUAAAAAUUCUUAAAUGGUUAUCUACUAUGAUCUUGAUGGGCAGAUCUAAGAAUGUUCCUAAAAAUAAAGUUGCCUAUUUCUGUUAAAUUUU